GGGCAGAACUUCAGCAGAGUCUAUAUCCUCGAUGUCACGCACUCAGCACAGUACAGUUGUGAUGCUUUACUGAUGCAAACAGGACUAAACGCAUCAUGGUCAUCAGCAGACAUGCAUCUUAGCGGAGAUCCUCUGCUGCAGAGGCUGACAGCUGCUUAUGUUUGUGGAGUAGGACGAAAACUUUUCUUCUCAGUCUAAUUAAGGGAGUUUUUGUUCUAAAGCAAAAAUCAUGUUCACAACCUACAUAAAGAAUCUGAAUGAUAUGGUAUUUUCUACGUCUGAGAGCCCCGAGGAGCAGCCAAGUACCGGGGUCUUGGGUCGUAUCGGCAGCUGGUUCUCUCCGUGGAGGGGAAAGGGUCCAAGUAGUCCUACUGAGAAUGACUCUACAUCUAUCGAUGAGACUCUUAAGUCAGAAGAAGAGGACAUUGUGAGGGAACAACAGUGGGAGGAGGAGAAGGAACAGAGCUCCAAUCCCAAUCAACUUGGUUUCUCAAGAGACAUUUUUCCCUGUGAAGAGAAGGACGCCACGCAGUCUGCCCACAGAGACGGCUCGGUUGUGAGCAGCACUGAGAGACCAGAAGGAGGUCCAAGAGAGGAGGAGUUUGUGGAGAGCAGGAAGGAGAGAAUAGGGCAGGGCAAGGAGAGGGAGGAGAGCAGCAACGGUACUUCAGCGAGCGGGAAUCCUGAGAAGAAUGCCAGUCAUCUGACACAUCACUCUUCCUUUUCUGAGCAGGGAGUGGUAUGGGACUCUGACCAGGCCCACACUCAGCCUCAGGCCCAGAGGGAAACACAGGCCCAGACAGGCAAGAGGCUCCAUGUGUACCUGGAGGAGACCAGUGUGUUUCAAUGCGGCAAAGACACCCGUGCUGGACAGGAAGUUGUCCGCACCAAAGUUACAAAAAGCCUAAAGGUACUCCCCAAAACAAAGUCAUCACAGAGUUUUGAUUCACUAGAGAGCUCAACUUCAAGUGCAGAGAACAAAAGGACAAAUGCAAGGCCUGCUGUUGGUACAGACAGUUAUUACAGUGCUCUAGUGGGAGUGUCACUAAAAUCACGCAAACACUCACAAUUCGAGCCUGAACCUGAACAAACAGACGCAGACAACAUGGGGCGUAAAAAUGCAGCUAGAAGGAAAGUCAGGAAGAACUCUCAGGGAGAUGGAGGCAACAGCCCCCAAGAAAAAAUACCUGCCAAUGCUGAACCUCUCCCAGAGGGAUAUCCUACAUCAGAUAACUCAGUGACCAGUCCUGAGGGCAAAAGUCCAAAGACUCAAAUGGGAGAGUCAACUGUUAACUCCUCCUCCAAGUGCAACCCAACCUCUCAGGCCUCAUCUGAAGGGGAGAUUAAGACUUCCUGUUCUGAAACAGCCAGGCAGUGGGGCAAUUACCAAGAUUCAAGCUCGGUCACUGCAACCAGUCUGGCAUCUGUUGUUGAUGGGAACGCAGACAUGGAGGACGAUGACAGUCUUUACAAAGUGGAAAGGAAGACAGAGACACCAGAGUCCAAACGCAGGAGUAUUAAGGUUUCUCGAAGUGAGGUGAAGCUUUUUACAAAAAACGUGCCUUUGAACCCAAAGCAAAGUCCAGAGAGAGACGCCCAGGAUUUUAAGUCAGCAUUAAAGGAAACCAAAAAUGAAACAAAGGAUACGCCCAAAACAAAGACUGAUGCAAGACUACAUGACUUGAAGAAAAUAGAUGAGGAGCCUAAACCAGUCGCUGGCCGGAUCAAAGAUAAAAUCAACCUCUUUGAGCGUCCUGCAAGGGAGGCCGACAAAAAGACUUUCCAAGCCCCAAGGAGUGCCGAUGUUUCUCCAGUUAGGAACGCCACGGAGAGGCUGAAAGCAGAUUUUGUGUUAUCAGAACAGAGGUCAAGAUCAGCCGAACGUUAUGACGCGACAAAGUCUAGCUCGUCACUCACAAGGGAGAGGCCGAUCCCAAUCAAGGACAGAGUGAGGAAUUUUACAGAGACCUUUACAAGAGAUGAACGGACAGCUUUGCCUACAAAGCCAGGAAUGAAAGGAAUGUCUCAGAAAUCCAUGUCGUCUGUGGCAGUUGUUGCAUCAAAGUCACCAGAACUGGACAAUCAGGGUAAACGGGAUACUGAUGAGCAGACGCAAACAAACGCAUCAUUUAAGAUAACACUAAAACCAGAUAGACAAGAUACCACUGAUGUAGCAGGAAAGAUUUCCAUUCCUAAAGAACAGCCAACAGACUGCAAAACAAAGGAAGCAUUGGAGUCAAAAACUGCAGAUCAGGGUACGAAACCGGGCAAUGCUGAAACAAAAGUUCCAGCUAAAAGGACAAAUGAUUCUGCAGAAGUAAUCAAUAAUAAUAGCCAACAGUCCAAAGGCCCUAGCAGAGCAGGCUCCCGCUCUAAAAAAAGAAAAAAUAAAGAACCAACCAGUCCAAUCAGCCCAAAUAGUGAAAAUAAACCAGAUUGCUCAACAAGUAAGCCAGCGCUCACUGCUGUGAAACAAGAACAGGUGCAUGAUAGAAAAGGGACUCCCUCCAAACAACUCACAGAGAAAGUCUCAUUACCGUCGAAUAAAGUCCAAGGAAAUAAAUCCAAAGAACAGUCUGUGCCUGAUACCAAACAGCAAACAUUUCCAAAACAUGAUCCAGACAAACAGAAGAAACAGUCAGAUUCUUCAUUUAAAAAGGAGAAUAUUGAUAAGCCAUGUAACAGCCAGGAGUCUGAACCAUCUGUCAUCAAGGUUGAACCUGAUCCUGCUGCUUGUAGCAAUGGAACAAAGAUGCCUAUUGACAAAGAUCCAGUUAUUUUUCCCCAAAAGGAGGAAAAAGCAGGGGGGGACAGCCUCUUAUUUACACAGGGAGAGAGUGAAAAGGCCUCCAAAGACAGCAGAGAAACUCCAGCCUCCAUCCCCUCAGCUGUGGUUGAACAGCCUAUUGAGAAAACUCCUUCGGAUCAAGAGCCACCAGUUAAAGGUCACAAAUUAGAUAAAGAACUGUCAAUGCAGUUUGAACCAAGAAGUGCAGGGGAAUUAAAGGAAUCCAAUAAAAAGGACACAGAGAAAACACAGCAACCCCAACACAAGGACACAGAACUAAUAAAUGAUACUGAGAGUAAAGAAGUGAACAAAUUAGAAAAAGUGGAGUGUGAAAAAAUAAAUCAGUCUGACAAGAAGAGCAAAGAGACAUCGCAGCAGCUCCUCCAAUCGGAUAAAAAUACCACAACGGUCAAGGUUUCGGGGACAAGGGGGUGUGUUGCCAUGGAUGACGAAAGACAGAAUGCUGAAAGAAAAGAAAAGACUUGGACGGUUAAGGAUGAAAGAAAACCAGAAGCCAGCCAACCAGAACAAGCCACUGAGUCCUCAGAAAAGACACCAUUAGAUCUCCCUGCUCAAACACAACAUGUCAAAGAGACGACGACUACACACAUACACAAAGCUGCUGUUUGUUCCAUUGCCCAGGCUAACGAGGCUGUGAGUGGGACUAAGAGUGAUAAAGAGCUUUCGAAGGGAGAGGCAUCAACAAAUGUGCCUACUGAGCUGCAAGCAAAGUCUACAGGAAGCCCUGAAACAAGAACUGAGUCAGUGAUUACAGCAGAAACACAGCCUGAUUCUGUAUUUGUGGAAAAAACAGAGAAUACACCGGAUGACUCAUGUACACAUGGAGCUGAUGAGGGCGAGCUCUCCAGUACAAGGCCUAUCACCAAAGCAACUAUAGCAGUUAAGGAAAUGACUCUAAAAGCUGCUAAUGACACUCAAGCACCAAUAAUUGCACAGUGUGACACGGUGGCAGAGAAAGAAUUAUCUGUUAAAGAGUCUGCUUCCAUUUCUGUCUCUAAAUCUGUGAGCAGUAAGGUAGCAGGGCAGGAUGAUGGGAAAAAAGGUUCAGCUGUCGAAUCAGAAGUCAAAAUCUCAGGCGAUGUUGUGAAACUCACACCUAGACUCCCACAAUGCGAUGUAUCAAAAAAUACAGAGAGUGCAAAUGAUAUCACUUCACUCAAGGGUGCAGAAAAAAUAGCACAGCAGUCGGGUGAUAGCGCCGCUUUCAGCACCACAGUUAAUGUGGAGAAGACAGCUGAGAAAACAUCCCAUUCCCCAAAGAAUGAACUUUCACCGGUUGCUAAUGGUGAUAUCUCCUCACAUCCACAGCCGCGCACAAUCACAAAGGAACCGCUCGAUAACAAGCCGAGUCGAACUCCAAAAGCGCCCGCUUCACCAGAGGUUAAUAAGCUGAUCCCAGACACAAUCCAGCGUUCAUCCAUGAAGAAGUUCCAUUUGCCGCGGGGACUAAGUAAAGAUGAUUCUGCACGGCAAGACACCCCUUCAAGCUGGCUGGAUUUGGACUUCCCCAAGCGGAAACUUAAAGCCCCAGUUCCCAAGCUUAGCUCUGCUGGAAGUGAGAGCAAUCUUCUGGACACGUCUGGUGACCUAGAUGAUGAAGAUUUCGUUGAGAAAAUCAAGAAACUUUGCGCCCCAUUCUCCCUCCCACCACGUAAACACAACAUACUCCGGCCACCUCAGCCGCCAUUUGCAAUGCCUGCAAUCAAGGAGGACCGCUUUGAGAAGACGUUUGACCCUGAGGAGUUUAAAUUCGGGUUGAGGAAACAGAAGUUCACCGUAGACACAACACCAAGCAUGUUAGCCAAGCUCCAGCACUCGGAGACAAAAAAAUCUGGCAUUAAACCUGCCAGGGCUAGUUUGGCAGACAGGAGUAUUCUGCUCAGUAGUCUGGACGUCCACUCUCGCCUCACCAGGGAAAAGACCCCCGUCAAAGAUGAGGAUGAUGUUAAGGAAGAGAAGGAUGAGCAGAUCAAGGUGAAGUCUCGCUUGGAGGGAAGCUGUGUCUUCAGCAACCUCAACUCCUCCAUCAGAGGGAAGAGAAAUCAAACACAGGCAGAAAACACAAACUCUGGGGAAGUGUCACCGAGUGAGUCCCCCCAAACAAGCCCUUCACCUUUAUCCCAGCCGCCCCCGCCAAGCCCGACUGCCACAGCUCCAAUCAAAGAUGCACUAUCCAAGCAGAGUUCUGCCACGAGGAACAGAGAGGAAACCCAGGCUGUGGAGGCUGUGGUCAGUGACUCAGGCCUUCCGUUUCCCUCUUUUAACGACAUCAAGCUGCCGGACUAUUUAGAGAAGUACCUCCCCCGAGAACCAGCGAAACCAGAGCAGAGCACACAAGGACAAGAACAAGUCAAAACCGAGUUUAUGCCUCAGGUUAUUGGAAAAAUGUCAACUCCAGCCAGUGGAGAUGAACCAGACAGGGCUGUGAAACCAGGUCGUGUUCUUCCUGAUCCUCCAUCUUUUCCUGGGAAUCUUUCAACCACACACCCACCACUCCCUGAGCUGAAGCAGCCUCUGGCUAAGCCACAGAAGAUACUUACUAAAAAGAUAAGAACUGCUAAGGGAUUUCACAAGCGCCCUGGAAAGAUGGUGUUGUUUGAGAAAGCGCAAUUCAGCGGCCAGCCAUAUGAGAUUUACAGGGAUCUCGCAGAUGCGACUUCCCUGCAGCUCUCACAUCUCAUAUCUGUGAUGGUUGUUAGAGGAUGCUGGGUGCUGUACGAGAAGCCUGACUUCCAAGGACGCACCAUCGCUUUGGAGGAGGGAGGCAUUGAAUUGACAAAUAUGUGGGCAGAACCUGGGCAGGAGACAGAGCCACGAAGCGAUCCACCAAUGAUAAUUGGCUCUAUCCGACUUGCUGUCUCGGAUUACAGCAUCCCCCAUAUUGAUCUGUUUACUGAACCGGAGGGUCUCGGUAGAGUCACACCUUAUCAUGAUGACGCAAUUGAGACGGGCUCGUUUGGCAUCCCGCUGAGCACUGCUUCCAUCCAAGUGCACUCUGGGGUGUGGCUGGUGUUCAGUGACCCGGGGUUUCAGGGCAUGCUGGCUGUGCUGGAGACAGGAGUGUACCCUUUUCCUGAGGCCUGGGGCUUCCCGUCACCGUUCAUUGGAUCUCUUAGGCCACUUAAAAUUGGUGGUUUCAAAGUGGAGAAUCCCAUGGAAGUCAAGGCGGUGGUGUAUGAAAAGCCUGGCUUUGAGGGCUCCUGUUUGGAAAUCGACAGUGACGUUUUCUGCUUUGGUGAAAGUGACGAAGGUAUUGCUGCAGAUGAAGCAAACCUUGACUCAAAGAAGCUGAACUCUGUGGGUUCUUUAAAGAUCAUCGGAGGAUUCUGGGUGGGCUACAGCGAGCCUGGGUUUGAGGGCCAGCAGCACAUCCUGGAGGAAGGAGAGUAUCUGGACUGUAGUGAGUGGGGAGGCUCAGAGCAGCUCCUGUCACUGCGACCAGUACUGGCUGAUUUCUUGUCUCCACAUCUCAAAAUGUUCAGCGACAGAGAUUUCGGAGAGCUGGGAGUCAACAUUGACAUCACAGUGCCUGUUAUCAACAUGGAUGACACAGGCUACGGCUUGACAACACAGUCAAUUGAUGUCCUCGGUGGCGUCUGGGUUGUGUUUGAGGAGCCGGGCUUUUGCGGUGAGCCCUACAUCCUUGAGAAAGGCCUGUAUGGAAACCCAGAGGACUGGGGGGCGCUACAGCCCAGAGUUGCUUCAGCGAUGCCUGUUGUGCUGUUUGAUUUUGAGAACGCAGACAAGUUUAAGGUGCAGCUUUUCUCUGAGCCUGGUUUUCAAGGCUCAGUCCAGACUCUGGGGGACAGCAGGGCCUCCCUGCAGGACGGCUUCACAGUUGGUUCCUGCAAAGUUCUGGCUGGGAGCUGGCUGGCAUUUGAGGGCCAGGACUUCGCUGGCAGGAUGUAUGUGUUAGAAGUGGGGAGCUACUCUGACCUGAGAGCAAUGGGCUGUUUCCACGCAGGCUCCUCCAUCUUGUCACUACAGACUGUUGGCUUUGAGUUCUCACUGCCAUCCAUCACUCUGUUUGAGAGGGGUGGCCUGCGGGGGAAGAGGGUGAUUCUGACAGAUGGAUCGGUCAACCUUCAGCUGGCUGGAGGCUGUAGCAGAGUCCAAUCUGUGCUAGUAGAAGGAGGCAUGUGGGUGUUAUACGAGGGAAUCAACUAUCGGGGAGCUCAGAUUUUGCUAAAACCUGGCGAGGUGCCUGAUUGGCGCAAGUUCAGCAGCUGGCUGAAAAUUGGAUCCCUCCGACCUCUCAUACAGAAGCAAGUGCACUUCCGUUUAAGGAAUAGACAAUCGGGGCUCAUGAUGACGGUGACCGGCGAUUUGGAUGACGUCAAACUGAUGCGGAUUCAAGAAACAGAGGAAACUGAUGGAAUUGACCAGAUCUGGUCUUACCGGAAUGGACAUCUCCACUGCAAGCUGCUGGAGGAGUGCUGCAUGAGUCCCAGUGGUAGUGUGACGAUAGCAGGAAGCCGCGUGGGUCUUACCCCAGAGACAAACCACCACCUCCACCUGUGGAGCAUCACCCCUGAAGGCUUUAUCCGCUACACCCCGACCUCUGAUCUGGUCCUGGAAGUCAAAGGUGGCCACCACUACGACAAGAACCAAGUGAUUCUUAACACAUUUGAUCCAAAUAAACCUCAACAAAGGUGGAACGUGGAGGUUAUAUGAACAAAAAUAAAAUCCUAGCUGCUGGACUGGAUUUCUAAAUAUUGUAAGAGGUACAGCUCUACUAGAGGCUCUGUUAUGUAGCUGCUGCUGAUCACUGGAGCUGAUCGACCUUUCCUGCAGGAGACUUAUACAAACCCCCAAUGAGGGCAACAUGGAGAGCUGUGGAUAAAUCCAUGAGAAUGUAUUAUUACAGAUGAAAGUCCAAAUAGUGGAAAUACUUCAUAUUUUACACAGAAAAUGUGUUUGCCUGAUUGCCUGUUAAUUAACUUAAACAGUGUUAACACGUCUUUUUAUGCAAUGUCAUGUUAUAUACUUACUUUUAUUCUGCAUGCAACAUGAGGAAAAGGAAAAUACUCUUGAAAUGUCUUUUGUUU